GCCCAGCUGUUUGCGAACUUUUAAGAUUUCCUGUUUCCCCUGCAGGCAGGGCUGAAGCGGGGGUGAGGACGGGGGGGGGUGAGUCACACACACUCUAAGGAGCAGCUGAGCCGCAGCUGCUCCGGCUCACUCUGCCGGGGCCUCGUUCUUUUUCUGCCUCCUGUCCCCACGUUUACCUCAGAGCCGCUUUGCCACCAUCCCUCCACCUUUCACCCCGUCCUUCUCCCCUCCUCACCCCGUAGAGGAGCCUUGGCUUUCUCACCUCCGUGAGCUGCCCGCCGUAGCUGAGCCCCAACAGGGAUAUACGAUGAACUGGAUCCCCAAGCACGUUUGGUUGUGGACUCUCCUGCACUGCACGACUCACCCGCUGGUUCGGGGGACAGCUGAUGAUCAUUUAUCCAAAAUGCUUGAUGGUAAAAUCAAAUUGAGAGCACUUUGCAGGUUUUGUGAUGUUAGAGUAACCAGCUGCACAAAUGAUGGUCAUUGCAAGAGUGGCUGCAACCUCACUUCCAUCUGUGAGAAUGAGAAUGAAGUUUGUGCUGCAGUCUGGAGAAAGAAUGAUGAAAACAUGACCUUGGAAACAGUAUGUCACAAUCCCACACGGAAGCUCCAUGGGCACAUAUUGGAGGACUUCAAUUCAAAUAAAUGUAUCAUGAAAGAGAAGAAGGGGGCUGGGGGUUUGCUGUUUAUGUGCUCCUGCAACGAGGAAGAAUGCAACGAUGAAGUUAUUUUUUCAGAAGAUAUAACCUCAAGUCUAGAUGAAGUGAAAGAUGUGAUUUCUAAAGUUGCAGUGAUAAGCCUAGUCCCAUUGCUUGUGAUUGCUGUUGCUGUGAUCCUUAUCUUCUACUGCUACCGUAUUCAAAGGAGGAGGAAGCUCAACAAAGCAUGGGAGAAGAAUGUGAAGUCCAAGAAGCAUAAAGACUGUAGUGAUGUUUGUGCCAUUAUGUUGGAUGAUGACCGCUCUGACAUUAGUUCCACUUGUGCCAAUAACAUUAACCAUAAUACUGAACUGUUGCCCAUUGAGCUGGACAUCCUAGUGGGCAAAGGGCGGUUUGCUGAAGUUUAUAAGGCUAAACUGAAACAAAACACAUCAGAACAGUUUGAAACAGUGGCUGUCAAGAUCUUCUCCUAUGAAGAAUAUGCUUCCUGGAAGACUGAGAAAGACAUCUUCUCUGACAUAAAUCUGAAGCAUGAGAAUAUUCUACAGUUCCUCACAGCGGAGGAACGAAAGACUGAUCUAGGCAAACAGUACUGGUUGAUCACUGCCUUCCACUCAAGGGGAAAUUUGCAGGAGUACCUUAUAAAACACAUCAUUAGCUGGGAGGACCUCUGGAAACUGGGUGGAUCUUUGGCUCGAGGGAUUGCCCAUCUUCACAGUGACCAUACACCUUGUGGCCGACCCAAAACACCUAUUGUCCACAGAGACCUAAAGAGCUCCAAUAUCCUGGUGAAAAAUGAUUUAACCUGCUGCCUCUGUGACUUUGGGCUCUCGCUGCGGCUGGAUCCUACCCUCUCUGUAGAUGAUCUGGCUAACAGUGGGCAGGUUGGCACAGCAAGGUAUAUGGCUCCUGAAGUCCUGGAAUCCAGAAUGAACUUAGAUAAUGUUGAAUCCUUCAAGCAAACUGAUGUAUAUUCCAUGGCUUUGGUUCUGUGGGAAAUGACAUCUCGCUGCAAUGGUGUUGGAGAGGUGAAAGACUAUGAGCCACCAUUUGGUUCUAAAGUACGAGAGCAUCCUUGUGUUGAAAGCAUGAAAGAUAAUGUUUUGAGGGACAGAGGACGACCAGAGAUUCCUAGCUCAUGGCUCAACCAUCAGGGCAUCCAGAAAGUAUGCGAGACACUUGUUGAGUGUUGGGACCAUGAUCCUGAGGCCCGGCUCACUGCGCAGUGCGUAGCUGAGCGGUUCAAUGAUUUUGAGUACCAGGACAGACUCUCUGGAAGAAGCAGUUCAGAAGAGAAGAUCCCCGAGGAGGGCUCUGUGAACAGUGCCAAGUGACAGCUUGUGAAGUGAUGACCAACAAUACGAAAGCAAAACAAAAGAAUUAAAAAAGCACUGCUCUUAUGUUCUGUGUGCACAAGUCCGGAAUGGGAAGAGGCCUUUAGUCUUCGGUGUUCUUCCUGUGGGACUGAAGAGCCUGCCUCUCCCUCCACACCACAGCUCCAGAGAGAAACCAUUUUAUGGGUAAGCUGUGAUGGGCAAAGUGUCAUGCCAUCCCCAUCACAAUAGUGUCUUUGACCGCGUCAUAGGAUGAACUGCAUUGGUGCUUCCUGAGAAAACGAGCCUAUAUAAAAUGCCAAUAAUGUUUGCACUUUAUCAAUGCCUGUAUAUGUCUAUGAGAGAGCAAUUUUAUGUAUGUAUGUAUGUAGAUAUAGAUAUAUAUGUUUUUUUAAAACACACACAGAGAGAGCAAAGCUCUACAACGAGUCUUUCAGGAAACUAACAAUAGAUAGGAAAAUCCUACAAGGGACUGUAGGAUGUCUGCUGUGAUACUGGCAGCCAAAGUGCAUUAUUCUUCUCACCUGAACCUUAAAAACAGUAGUAAUGCACUAUAAAGCAUUGCAUGACUUUUUUUUUCUUCAGUUGAGGAAAAUUUAGGGUUUGGCCAUAUUGGAUCCUCUUUUAACAUGUAACUAUGCAAUGGUUGUUCAGCUUGUUCUUGAAUGUUUAUAAUUUGUAGAUUCAAUGGACCUUACUGGUCUCAUUUCUUUUAUUUUUCCAAACCGCAAUACAAUUUGGAAAGUUGCUUUUUUUCUUUCAUGCCUAUACAAAGGAUCAUUCAUUUUUCUGCCCAUCCCUUUCUUUGAACGUGUAUUUCACGUUAGCAGCCUGCUUUGUGAGAGUACAAUUUUCCCAGCCCUCCUCUCUGAAAUCAGGCAGAGCCAAUUAUAAUUGAAACAGAUGUUUUGCAUUUGUAGGGCAUUCUGACACAGAGUAGACUUUUCCCUCCCUCUUUUCUGGGAUCAGUAACAUCAUGUCUAGUUUCUUGAGCCCUUAAAUUCACACGAUUUCAUGCCCAGUGCAAAAGGAGGAACAGCAUGUGAAUACUGUCCUGAAUGUCUAGAUUACUAUGAUGCCGUGGAAAAGAUUUGCCCUGCACUGCAGGCAUGCAUCAUGUUCGGUCCUCCUUAACAUGCAUUGUAGCCAACCCUGCCUGCAGUCAUUCAGAACUCUGGCAAUAAGAGUACAUUCCUAAACUGAUCCCCACAGGCAUGGCUUACAUUCUUUUAGCCUUCCAAAAUAUUUAGAUUUGGAGCUGGCCCCACAAGGAAUUUCUAAAUGACAGAAUUUUGACAGUCAGUAUUUUCAUACUAGCUCAUCAGGCUGCUCAAGUUGUGAAGCUCACCUCAGUUUUGAGGGCCUGAAAAUUUGACUUCAGAUGCCCUCUGUGCCGUGCUGUUGUUUUCUAACAGAUACCAUGUUUGCCAUUACUGAGUAAAACUGUUCAGCAUCAGAAACAAUCCUGCCAAGUUAAAAGAAGUAUUUCAAGUGCAAUCUUUUUAUCAUACAGGACACACAUGUUUUUUUUCCCCUAGCAGCUGUUGCUUUGUGUAUCCAAUAGGACAGGGAAAAAAGUAUAUUCACAUAGGAGUUAAAAAUUUAUGGUGAAAAUAUUUAUUUUUAAAAGCUUGUUGCAUCUGCUUGUAUAUUAAUUUUUAAAUAAAUAUUUAAGCAUUAAGUGGGGCAGAAGCUCAACAAUUAAAAUGGAAUCAAGAUUUAAUAGCAGCAGGCUACAUACUGAACUAUGGAGCUACUAGCAAGAUGGGUUUAUACUGUACUGGGAUAAUGUUCUAAGCAGAGGUGGGGUCUAGUGACCUCUAGUGGGGGUUGUUCAGGGUAGCAUCCAGAAAACUGCUGCAUAGGAAAGGAAAAUAAGCUUUCCCACAAACUGGAAAGUAAGGUGCGUCCAUGCUACAAAUCUAAACCGCUAUUGUUAAGACUGGCUUAACUUUCAUGCAUUCCCACCCUACCCCCAAGAACUCUGAGUUAGAGGACGUUUCCAGAGUUCCUAGAUGGAUACGUGUGGAAGCUUCGCUUUGAUGGUUUUUAAAGAGGAUUAGAUAAAUGAAACAUAAGGUUAUAAACAGCAACUAGUCUGAUGGCUGUUUGCUGCUUACCAGGUUCAGAGGCAGUCUGUCCCCGAAUGCCACUCGCUGAGCAGCUACAGCAGGGCAAGGGUUGAUUUGAUUUGAUACUGGUUUAAAUUUGCAGUGCAGACUUGCCCGAGGUCUCCACUGUGUGUUGUGCCUGAUACGUUUCCUGCAGUGGCAAAGACAAAGAGCACCCAGGAACUUCUGACAGCUCUUACACUUUUUGAUACUAUUACAUGUAAAGAGAAAUGUUUAAUUCUUCCACGAAACACUUUCAUUGUACAACAUGUAUGAAAAUAGGAUUGUGAACAUAUAUAAUCUUGUUUAUCAAACUUUUCAAGCACUUACCGUAUUUUUUGUAUAAAUAAAAUAUU